UACUUUUGUGGACCAUCUUUACGCAGCUCUCUCUGCAGCAGGGCUUAGGGUUUUCUUGGACAGCGAAGAACUUGAGAAGGGCAAAGGCAUCGAUUCCAGCUUGCAAACAGCCAUUCAAACAAGUGAUAUUCUUAUUCCUAUAUUUUCCAUGGAGAAGUACCAAGUGUUGAUGAAGGAAGAUCUCUGAUGAGAGAUCGAUUGCGUGGAGUUCGGGCUCUUUUGAUUUUGGACGAUGUGAAUGAUGGAGAGCAGCUGCAUGCGGUGUAUGGGGAUUGGUUUGGGCAUGGUAGCAGAGUCAUCAUUACUUCCCGAGACCAACACAUACUAAACCUUGCCAAGCUUGAUUCAGUUCUUGAAAUGAGUGGACUAGGGAUAGAUGAAGGUCUCGAAUUAUUCAGUUGGCAUGCUUUCUCUGGCGCACUCCCAGAGACACCUUACCAAGAGCUUUCUAUAAAAAUUGUGAGUGCCUGCCGAGGGCAUCCUCUUGCAUUAGAGGUCAUUGGAUCACAUUUGUUUGAUAAGAGAAAGUCAAACGACAUCCGAUGUUGGGAAGAAGCUGUCCAUAACAUUGGAGAAAAUCCAAGCAUAUCUAGAAUUCUUCAAACGAGUUAUGAUGGACUUACCCAUGUCGAGAAGGAAAUUUUUCUGGAUACAGCUUGCUACUUUGUUGGUGAGAGUAAAAGAGACGCUUAUAUUAUGUGGGAAGUUUUAUACCCAAAUAAAGUUCAAACGGCUAUCAAGAAUCUCUCGCUGAAAAUGCUUAUAGACAUCAGAGAUCAUGAUUUCCUCCAUAUGCAUGACCUUCUGCAGGAAAUGGGAAGAGGAAUUCAAGAGCAGGCUGAUAAUAAUAGCAGACUCUGGCCAUCUAUGGUUGGACAGAAAUCUUUUAACAAGGACAGAGCAAAGGAAGUGAAGAUGCUUGUUUACAGAGUAGAGAAUAAAAGAGACCCUGUUAGCGUGCAUAACAUGCCUUCUUUGCGCUACCUAUUUUUGCAAAAUACAAAGGUAGCGGUCAACGUUGUAAAGCUAGCUCCGAAUUUGAUAUGGAUAAAAAUUAGGGAUUGUGAGGUUGUAAGUGAUAGGCAUACAUGGAUGAUGUCAAGAACCCAACUCCAGUUUGACAGCAGUUGGUCCCAAGUAAGGAUCUUAAGUCUAGAGCAGUGUGCAUUUCCCACGAAAAUCCCAAACACGCUAGACAGCUUGGUGAACCUUCAACGCUUGUAUAUACAGCAUUGUAAGGAUCUCACAACACUUCCAAGCACAGUCGGUAACUUGUUACAACUCAAGGAGCUCAAAUUGUGCGGCUGUAAAAGUUUAAAACGCCUUCCUGAUACUGUGGGCAACUUGGUGCGGCUAGAAGUGUUGUGUUUGGGCGACUGUGCAGAUCUAAAAAGCCUUCCCAGCACUUUAGGUAAUCUGGCUCAACUACAAUCGUUGAACUUGGUGAGAUGUACAGGUUUAAGGAGUCUUCCGAACACAAUUGGCGACCUGGCACAACUCAAGUGGUUGAACUUACGAGGUUGUUCAGGUUUACAAAGACUUCCCAACACAAUUGGCGACCUGGCACAACUCAAGUGGUUGAAUUUGUUUGAAUGCUCAGAUUUGCAAAAACUUCCUUACACGGGGGGGUAUGUUAUCAAACCUUACAUUCUUAAACCUUCAUGGGUGCUCAGGCCUGGGAAGCUUUCAUCAUAUCGUUGUCAAGUUAGCCCAGCUGAGGGAGUCAAACAGAAGCGCCGGAUUGGGAAGCUUGGUGCAGAAGAAGUUUCAUGUCUACGUUGGUUUUAAUGUAGGCGCAGAGCAGGAAGGAGAAACAUUGAUGGGCCAUCUUCAGAAAUCUGUUCGAAUAUGCAGGGGCAGAAAGGAUGACCAAAGUCUUUGCACCGAGUCACUCCGUAUAUGCAGGGGCUGGGAGGAUGACCAAAGUAGAGACAUUAGCUGGGCAAUUGAUAGCAGUGAUAUUCUUGUUCCAGUAUUAUCAAGAGGCUAUGACCG